GUCCUGUCCCAAGUCCCUCGAAUUUGUUUCCUAUACAUUAUUACGUGCCUAGCCGACCUGCACAAUCAGACCCAACUCCGCAUUAUUUUUCCGGCGGCUCAGAACAGCCAGCAACCUCCUGCUGGGAUAUAGCCUCGAUUCCACAAAAAGUCGAGACAACAUCCAUCCACAAACGAUACCGAACAUCCGAGUUCCUGCCUUAGUUUCCUUUCAUCUGACGAAUCUCAUAAGCUCCUCGUUGUACACCAAGCAGACACCACGCCCGGAGGCUGUACCCCGUUCGGAGGUGCUCGUUGCUUGUUCCACCGACAGACUGGAUAUCGUAACAGCGAGACCCGUUGCAACAUCCCACACCACGCCCAAAGGGAUCAAGGUUCACGGCACACUUCACUUCUCUUUUGUGUGAGCUCCAAGACAAUCUCCGAGGGAAGACCACCUGAGCUUCUGCCCUUCCCGCUUAGACGACUAUGUACAACACAAACAGCAUGCAGACCCCUGACGACGCUGAGGCGCCAUUGUCUUUUAUAUUCCCAAUUGGGUAUAGCAGCGCAUCUGAUUGCGGUUAUUGUCGAGGGACUUCACGUGCAGGUAAACGAAAACGUUACUCUUACUAUGCUACGAGCAAGUCCUUAUCAACGCACCUAUAUCAAAAGUUAGUUGAUCGGUAUUGGAGACGGUCCGGGACUCUUCUCUACAGGCCGAACCCGAGAAACUCUUGUUGUCCUCACUAUACCCUUCGCCUGGACUCAACAGAGUUCAAACCUACCAAAGAUCAACGGCAAACUGUCAACCGAUUCAACAACUACGUUAUCGGUCCGGAUUAUACCCAUGCUGCUGCCCGCGUUCAUCCUCGCACGCGCCAAGAAGCACGGAAACGGCACAACGAGUUCGACUUGAUCGACAGAAUCCAUGAACCCGAGGCACAAAAUCUAAAGGCGCCUCCUGAGCCAGCUCACAAGUUCACUGUCACAUUGGAGCCAGACGAGUUUACGGAGGAAAAGUAUCUCAUCUUUGAAAACUAUCAGAGACUUGUUCACAAGGAGGGCCCAGAUAAGAUUUCGCGCCACGGAUUCAAGAGAUUUCUGUGCAAUUCACCUCUUAGGCGUGAAACCAUCUACACUUCGGACGGCGUCCAGCGACAGGUGGGCUCUUUUCACCAGUGUUACUGGCUGGACGGGAAACUUGUUGCAAUAGGGGUGUUAGACCUGCUUCCCCACGCCGUCAGCUCAGUGUAUUUCGUCUAUCAUGAGUCAUUUCACUCACACAACCCAGGCAAGCUCAGUGCCAUGCGAGAGAUUGCCUUGGCUCGAGAGGGUGGCUAUCGUUGGUGGUAUCCGGGAUUCUAUAUCCAUAGCUGCCCCAAAAUGAAGUACAAGAUGGACUUCAAGCCGCAGUCCGUCCUCGAUCCUGAGACACUCACCUGGGAUUUGAUGGACAAGGAGGCGUUGGCGGUUUUUGACGCGAAGCACUACGUCAGCCUAUCCAGGGAGCGGCAACGGAAGGAGUCUGGCGAUUCCCCCCAAAUUUUCGAAGACCAUUUCAUUCGGCCAGAGAGUGACGGCGAAGGUGACGAGGACGAAGGGGACUUUAUGCUGGGCAGCAGCAUGCCAGGCAUCCCUUCAUUGGAAGAGAUGAAGCAGGUGGACAUGGACAACUUGGUCCUUGUUUCAGAUGCUGCCCCCGGGUACUUUUUGGCUUCCGACUUGGUCAGUUGGGAACAACAAGAUAUCGAGUUGGACCGCAAGGAUAUUAAAUCAACCAUCGCAGAGCUGGUGGCAGCGAUGGGAACGGACGUGAUGGGCGAAAUAUGUGUGGAUUUUCGGAGGAGGACUCGUGCGCUAUAAGCAUACAGCGAGAAAACCGACAGGAGCGAUAAAGGGAGUUGUAUAGCGAUGCACAAAAUGUCUACGUAUCCAGCGCAUUCUCUUGGUCAUCCACGUGUAGUGCUCGUAUCAUAUCCCCGCCCCGCAACCAGAGAAUUACCUCUACUGAC